GCAAACACCGCUCAUGGCCACUGGGGGCGCAUGUCCCCAUGUUGUUAUGAUAGGCUGUGAUGUAUAAAGCAGUAACAUUGAGGGUUAAACUUCUCCUUUCUUUCCCCUGCACACAAGUCCUCCGGUUAGACAGACUGCAUUGUUGGUCCGUGAUGCAACCCUGACUCCGCCCCCACGCUACUUCACCGGCCAAUCACAGAAGGAGGAGGGGCUUCCACUCUGUUAUUACACCCCCUUUUUGUCAUGAGUGUUCAGAUUUCUUGUUGUGUAUGUGUGUGUGUGCGUGUGUGUGUGUGGGGAGAAGGUCCUAAGAGAGAGAGAGAGAGAGAGGGGUCCUAAGGGCAGGAAGUGGGCGUGCAAGCGUGCUAAUACUUUGUGUGGUCACAUUGAGUCCACUUCAAGUCUUGGAGAGUGACACAGAUGGCUGUAGACCGCGAGCGACCCCGGCCGGCGGCGCUGAGCGUCCUCCGCCAUGGCCAAGCGAGAGGCCGGGAGCACCAGCCCGGUGGUGCGCCAGAUAGACAAGCAGUUUUUGGUGUGCAGCAUCUGUCUGGACCACUACCGCAACCCCAAAGUGCUGCCCUGCCUGCACACCUUCUGCGAAAGCUGCCUCCACAACUACAUUCCGCCGGAGUCUCUGACGCUCUCGUGUCCGGUGUGCCGGCAGACGUCCAUCCUCCCGGAGAAAGGAGUGUGCGCCCUGCAGAACAACUUCUUCAUCACCAACCUGAUGGAGGUCCUGCAGCGAGACCCGGAGUGUUCCAGACCGGAGGCCUGCAGCGUGCUGGAGUCGGUCAGCGCGGCGGCGGCGGGGAAACCUCUCAGCUGUCCAAACCACGAAGGAAAGGUGGGCGUGGCACUUUGACCCACCUGGCCGUCACCACGGUCCACUUUGUGUUCCCGCAGGUGAUGGAGUUCUACUGCCAGUCGUGUGAGACGGCCAUGUGUCUGGACUGUACGGAGGGGGAGCACCGCGACCACACCACCGUCCCUCUGCACCACGUCGUGGAGCAGCACAAGGCGGCGCUCAGAACGCAGCUGGACGCCAUUCACAGCAGACUGCCUCAGCUCACGGCCGCCAUCCAGCUGGUGAGUGAGAUCUCCCGCCUGCUGGCGGAGAGGAAGAACGAGGCGGUGGCGGAGAUAACGAGCACCUUCGAGGAGCUGCAGCGAGCCUUGGACCAGCGCAAGACGAGCCUCAUCGCAGACCUGGAGAACAUCUGCGGCACCAAGCAGAAGGUUCUGCAGGCCCAGCUGUCGUCUCUCCUGCAGGGCAGAGAUCACAUCCAGAGCAGCUGCAGCUUUACAGAGCAAGCUCUCAGCCACGGCACCGCCACUGAGGUUCUGUUAGUCCAGAAGCAAAUGAGCGAGCGCGUGACAGCGCUGGCGAGACACGACUUCCCGGAGCGACCGCAUCAGAACGCACAUCUGGACUGUCAGGUGGAGACUGAAGGCCUGCGGCGCUCCAUCCAGAACCUCGGCGUCCUCCUCACCACAGCGGCGGUGGCUCACACCUCCGUCGCCACGGGGGAGGGUCUACGCCACGCCGCCACCGGGCAGCACCACAGCAUCACCGUGACGACCAAAGACAAAGACGGAGAACUGGUGAGGACGGGGAACGCCGUUUUAAAAGCCCACAUCGUGGCGACGGACGGCGGCCGCGCGGCCGAGCCGGACGUGACGGACAACAAGAACGGGACGUACGAGGUGGGCUACACGCUGCGCUCCGAGGGAGAGUACUCCUUCGCCCUGGCGCUCUACGGGCAGCCCGUACGCGGGAGCCCCUUCCGCCUGCGCGUGGUCAAGCCCUGCGACAUCCCGCCCGCGCCCGACGACGUCAAGCGCCGCGUGAAGUCUCCCAGCGGCACCGGGGGCCACAUCAGACAGAAGGCGGUGCGGCGGCCCUCCAGCAUGUACAGCACCACCAAGAAGAAGGAGAACCCCAUCGAGGACGAGCUCAUCUACAGAGUGGGGUCCCGGGGCCGAGAGAGGGGUGAGUUCACCAACCUCCAGGGCAUCUCGGCGUCCAGCGGUGGCAGAGUGGUGGUGGCUGACAGCAACAACCAGUGCAUACAGGUCUUCUCCAACGACGGCCAGUUCAAGAUGCGCUUCGGCGUGCGAGGCCGGUCGCCGGGGCAACUGCAGCGGCCCACGGGCGUCACCGUGGACCCCAACGGCGACAUCGUGGUGGCCGACUACGACAACCGCUGGGUCAGCAUCUUCUCCUCCGACGGCAAGUUCAAGAACAAGAUCGGGGCGGGGCGCCUCAUGGGUCCGAAGGGCGUGGCGGUGGACAAGAACGGACACAUCAUCACGGUGGACAACAAGGCCUGCUGCGUCUUCAUCUUCCAGUCCAACGGCAAGCUGGUCACCAAGUUCGGAGGGCGGGGGAUGACGGACAGACAGUUUGCAGACAAACUGGGCCCAAACCUAAAUAAGUCUGGCUCAGUUUUCAGUCCGCACUUUGUCGCCGUCAACAACAAGAACGAGAUCAUAGUGACGGACUUCCACAACCACUCGGUGAAGGUGUACAGCGCCGACGGAGAGUUCCUGUUCAAGUUCGGCUCUCACGGCGAAGGAAAUGGACAAUUCAACGCCCCCACGGGAGUGGCGGUGGACGCCAACGGAAACAUCAUCGUGGCCGACUGGGGAAACAGCAGAAUACAAGUGUUUGACAGCACAGGUUCCUUCCUGUCUUACAUCAACACUUCAGCGGACCCUCUGUACGGCCCACAAGGUCUCGCCCUCACGUCGGACGGUAACGUGGCCGUGGCCGACUCCGGCAACCACUGCUUCAAGGAUUUAACCUUUCUGCCUUUGCUCCUCCAUCUUGCUGCGUCAGCGUUUGUCAGACUCCUCCGUCAUGUUUCUGAAGUACCGCCAUCUCGUACCACCUGCAGGCCAACUUGUGGAAUGACAUCAUUUGCCAAACACAGAUAAGCCCCGCCCCCUCAUGCCGGAAUGUUGUCAAAUAUUCUAUAUAAGUUUAGUUUGAAAAAGUAAUAUAUAUAUAUAUAAAUAUCAAUGUGAAUAUUUAUCAUUUAAUUGUGAUUCUUCAGGAAGUCAACAACAGCUAAUGACACCAAACAUGUGGGAGGAGCUUGUGUAGCCAAAACAUGACCUUCUCUGCUUUAAUAUUAAAGUGGUAAACUCUUAAGUGGAGUUUCUUUACACAGCACACUAACUUAGGUGUUGCCAUAGAAACCAAGGAACUAAUUAAUUGGAAAAAAAUAUUUUAAGGAGCUAU